CUCCUUCACUGACUGAAAAGCAAUUCAUGUUCCAGGCUCACAACUGAGCAGAACCUGGUCUAAUUAAAACUCGCUGUGGCCUCAGAGGCCUACAGUAUUGUUUAAUCAUUCAAAAGUAUUGAGCGUGCAUACUUUGGCCAAUUAGGCCAGAGCCACACUGUGUCACACAUGAACUGAAUAGACCACACAUGAGUGCAGCGGUCUGGCGCUCACACACAAACCAGUUAUUCAAUCUGAAUUAUAAACUGGAUUGCUGUUGAAAUCUAGAAAUAAAAAGCCCAAAGAGCACGUUGCCUAAUUGGGUGAAGGGUUGAGGAAAAUCUGUCUGAUUAGCCUUCUCCAACAGACGGGGAUUAAGCUUUUAGUCUGUAAUUAUUAUAAAGCAUACGUCAGCAGAUAUCCACCCAUUUCAGACAGGCAGUGGAGCGGAGGGAUGUCCUGCUAGGCGGCUGAGCUCGCUGUCAGGCCAGUUUCAGACGUGGAGACCCAGGAAUAGGAGCAGGAGCAGGAACAGGAAUAUCCUCCUGAGUCAGUGCCACGACGCUGACACACCAGACUCCCCGGCAGGGCUGCCUCUGCUCCGAUAAUAACCUUCCUAUGCUAUUCUGCUCAAGAUGGCGGUGCAAGCAGCGGAAAAGGACGGAAUAGUGUUGAAGAAUGUGGAAGAUGACCACCUGAACGACUCGCUGGGGAACCCCGGCCUCAUCUCACCUGACAAGGAGGAUUUGUCACGUCUCCUGACGGUGCCAUUCAGCGGGCGCAUCCGGGGAGGCAUGCGGCCAGGGAAGAAGAUCAUAGUGAUGGGCAUUGUCGACCUGGAGCCAGACAGCUUUGAUGUGAGCCUGACCUGCGGCCGUGACUCAGAGAAGGAGGAACCUCCGUACGACGUGGCCCUGAAACUCACCGCCCGCUUCACUGACCGCCAGUUUAUGCGCAGCGCCUGCGUCUCUGGGAAAUGGAUGGGAGAGGAGGCGUCCACCGCCUACUUUCCCUUCAUCCCCGAUCAGCCUUUUAGGAUUGAGAUCCACUGCGAGCACCAGAGGUUCCGGAUAUUCGUGGACGGACACCAGCUCUUUGACUUUUAUCACAAAGUAAAAUCUUUGUCCUCUAUUGACACAGUACGGAUACAAGGAGACCUACAGAUCACCAAGCUCGGUUAACUUCCCACUCUUCCUGCUCUGCAAGUCGUGUGUGUGAAGCAAGGACUUGACCACAGAUGACCACACGCACAUAUACGCCUUCAUCCAUAACCCAUCAUGCAACACUGCAGCUGCAUAGCAACUGGAAAAAGGCUUCGGUGGUGACAAGUUAGAGUUAUUUUGCUACAUUUCAUUCACUUCUUUCCAUUCCUUUCUGAUGCUGUUUUGAGGGUGAAUGUGUUUGCUCCAUUUUCAUGUUUCUCCUCUUUGUAGCCCCAGUUUUGUCAGAUCAGGGAUCUCACAGCUUAUUCAUAGCACAUUCAUUUUUUAUGUUGAAUCCUUUCGGGAUGCCGAGGUAGAGGCAGGUGUGGAGUACUUUUCAAGGAUGGAAAAAUUACUCAGAUGUCGCAGAAACCAGUUACUUACUCAGGAAAAAAUAUCUGGCAUUUAACAGCUAAUAUGAAAGCAAACUGUUGCUUAUGUGUCAAAAUCUUGCAAAACCUUUUGGAUAAACUGGAAACAUGCUUGUGGCUCAAUCUAAAAAGAGACAAUGAGCAUAGUUUGUGAAAAAUGUACCAAGAUUUUCAACUAAUAUGCUGUAUAAUUCUGCAGUAUUGGACCUGAGCAGUGUUAAGAUGUUCAAUCUGAGCCUUGACUAAUUUCCCACGAGGGCAGAAACAUGAUUUUUCAUAUCAGAUAAAACUGGUUGAAAGCAGAAUGUUACAAGUUGUUUAACGCUUUCAGAUUUGAUUUCACUCAACCCAGCCGGAUGGGUAUUUAUUGUUGCACUUAUUCUCUAAAACUCCAUCUUCUGACCACAAUAGAGUGCAGUGUUACACCCUGUUUUCUCUGUGCUGAUGUAUCUCCAACUCCGUAGGCUCUCCCCUGCCCUCCCUUGGGUUUAUCCCAGUUGUCAUGGUAACACGCUGCAGUCUCACCGACCUAAAUACCCAAAAACGAGGAUUAUAUCAUGACAAGAUGUAUCAGAGAGCGUCCCAUGCUGUACGCUGCGUGUGUCACUUCAGCCAUUCUCCUGUUGAUAGAAAGUCCUGUGGUGAACAGGAAGUAGAAUUGUGACUGACUCUGGUGAGCAAGGAGAGUGGGGAAAUGGCUUUUUAAUGAGUUUGAAAAUUGGUCUCUGCUCUCUGCUGUCACACUGACAGAAAACAUGCAACCUUUGAAUUGUACACUAAACCGAUAUGCAACUUAUUCACAUAAAAAAAACACUCACUUCAGUCCAUAUUUAGAAGAAACAAUGCUGUCAAAGUGUGCAGGUGUUCGCUGUCUUCAGUCACAUUCGACGGUCAGUUGGUUGUUUGGAAGCAGGAUCGGAUCCUGAUGCUAUUUUGAAUGUAUAGUAUUCAUGUUUCUGUAGUAGCAUAGAAGAUAUAGUGAUGCACAAAAUUAUUACUUAAUGUCACGGUUAUUUGAUGGUAUGGCUGGUGCUGUUUAUAGUCCAUUUUCAGUCCUGCAGUAUGUGUUUUUUAUGGCUUUUUUUGUGUUUCCUGAAUCAUUCCACAUCAGCGUCUUGUCCACACUGAGGCAGAUAGAUCUUACAAAGCAUCCUUGUUUAUUGCAGCCGGCAGGAUUUUACAACUCUAACAAAUACAAUUGUGUCUUAAAUGCAUUACAAUAGUUUUGUCUCUAUAACCAUUCCAAUCGACACAGGACGUAUUUUCCUUAACUGAAGCAGAAAGGAAGUUACAAGUAAUAGCAGAAGUUAUCUUCAAAGCAGAACUCACAGUAUUAAAAGUAUUAUGUUUUUAAGGUGCUCUGUUUACACCUCCUACAGUAUCAAUACUCAUUAUGCUCUGUAAAGUUGAACACAUACAGUAGAUUAUAGUAGAUACAUUUAUAACCUAUAAACCCUUAUACAGGGGACUUAUUAGAAAGUGGUACAGAUUUCUGCUGGUUCUAUAUAGAUGCCAGUAAAACUUGAACCAGGUUGGAGAAGCUUUGAUCAUCUCUGGAGACACAUGAUGUAGUUCACAGAAAAUUGAACGUGUCAUGCUUUGUAUCUACUUUUUGAGCAGCUCAACGCAGUGAAGAAGCAAAGAGUAGUUGUUGGUAGACCGUUUCACAAGGCUGCACAGAAGUACCAUUAAGAUUUUGACAUUUUUACACUUGAUCUUAACAAGCUAAUGAAGGUUUUCCCAUCACCUUUUGCUGCUGUGAAUUUGGAGUAAGCCAUGACUUCACUGCAGGGCUCUCUGUAAUUGUUGCGUAGCAUUGCUCACACUAAUGAAGCUUCCUUUAGAUUUCUGAGGCAUCUUUGAGGAAACCUCUUUGUUUUAACAUCUCAUUAUUGUCUGCGCACAGUGGGCUGCAGCUGUGUGCAGCAUCCAUCAAAAUACAGAGAAGUUGCUUUCCAUACAUGCAUGCACUGAGUACUUAUUAGCUCCUUUCACGAAGCAAUAAGGUCGCUGCUCCAAGACUGACUGCUCUGGAGCAGAACUUUUUUUCUCCUGGUUGGUCAGACUGAGUCUUCCUCAGUUCCUCGUUUUCUCUUGGCAAGCUCUGGUAUAUUUCGGACACAAACAGGAAAUGAGUACAGUUUAGUAUGAGAGGGCAGUGAGAAGGGCAGUUUUGAAAGGAUGUGAGCUGGUGCGCUGCGUCAUUACUCCAGUAUUACAACAGAACAAAUGUGUAUAAAUACUGUGUAAUUGUGUUGGCUGGGUGUGUUAUUGGAUACUGUUUUUGUGUUCUUUCCAUUAACUGAUGACCAUCCAUUUGUAACGCUACAGUUUCCUGUAAUAACAUGUUAAUAUACACCAUGUAAAGAAUAUGACCAUAACUCAGCCGUAUGUUUCAUGGAUGUGGAAACAAGAUGUGUGUUAAAGUGUAAUACAGGUUCACGUUUUUGGCACCUCAGCUGUAGCACAUGGAGCACAGCUGGCAGCGGUAGUUCUGUUGCUAGGAAUUAUGGGGGAGGGAGAUGAACAAUUCAAGACUUCCUGAAUUAAAGGGCUCGAACCAGGGGGUGUUUUGUAUGUGUGUGUGUGUUUUGCUCAACAUAGCACAGUUUAACUCUGUAUUAGCUAAUUGUUUAUGAGACUAUUGUGGGUUUUCCAGUUGUGUACGAGCGCAGUAUGUUUUCCCCAUUAGGUUUUCUGCACAGUUGGGUGCAGUGCAGGUACAUGAUAAGCUGAUGGUACUUGAGCUUACUUAUGUUGUACUGUUGCACUUUAUAAAGCACUUCAAAAACAGUCUUGGUGUCCCCUUAAGGGACUCACAACUGCUUCCAGUAAAAAAACAUUUUCGGUACAUACAUGUGCGUAGAAAACCUCCAACAUAUAUUGUGUUUAUGGUGUUAGAUACAACACGUCCCAGUUCCUGAUCUCCUAAUGAUCCCGUGUCUUUUGAAGAACAAUCCUGGGACAUAAUGAGUCUUGUUCUUAACUAUUAUAUUAAUUGUUCUUCAACCCUUUUUAAAAAUGCAACUGAAAAACUGAAUGUUAUUCUCUUCCUGAUUGUAAUCUGAUGAUAAAUACCCAGGUAACUAAAUACUUCAGUUGUAAAGGGUGAAAUAGACCAUCCUUCCUACUCAGUUAAAAAUUGUGGGCGUCUGACGCAAAAGAAACUAUUGAUUUGACCCAGGUCUGUAUGUUACCCUGCUUUUGGACUUUGGAUGUACAUAUUUAUGAACGCGGCCUCACAGGCUUCGUUUUUUCGUGAGGAAUACCAAGCUGAGAUACUGUUGUGCAUGUAAGCUAGUACCUGGCAUUUUGUAUACAUGGAAGAUUGAGGUAUUGCCAGUUUUUGCUCCAGUCAAGCAUGCUCUUUCUUUUUUUCCACCUACUGUAUCAGGCGUGUUUCGAGGGCAGAUUUCCCCUCGUGGUUGCGUUUUAUUUUCCUUUGACCUGUUUACCUUUUUAUAGCCUAGGAUUCCAGUUUAGUACUUACCAAAUUACAGUCUUUGAACACUGUUGGCAUUAACAUUAGGAUGCACAAAGCAAGAAUAUGGACAUAAGUAUCUAAAUCGAGCUUUUUUCCCCCAGAACCUUUUUAACAAGUAGAACAACACAAUGACUUUAUAAAAAGUACUAAAACCUACAUGACUGUUGUAAGAACGGCUACAACAUGAUGUCCAUUUAAGAAGUGUCCUCUGAGUAGAAGUAGGCUGAUCUGUUGCUAAUGUAUUGUGUGGUUGUACAAUCAUGUUAUUGUUUCUAUUUAUUACAGUGUAACCAGCAGGGUCGUGUGUGGUAACGUCAUACCUACUGUAUUGGUAACAAACAAUUUUUUGCUGUUUAUAUGAAGGCAACUUAAAAAGUUGAGAUUUUUUUAUAAUGGUUAAAGUGUUUCUUUACAUAUUGUACUUUCCUGUAUGACACAAGGAAAAGUGUGAAAACGAGGAUUGGGUAAAAUAUUUUCUUUUAACCACAAAACAAGGUUAACCAUCAUUUUGACUGUUUUUUUUUUUUCUUUCCCCGAGAUGUACCAAGUCUGAGGAUCACCAGGGUGUUGUUACUGUUGUGACUAUGAUCUUCUGAAAGUCUUUCAUGUUACCAAGCGUCAUGUUGGCUGUUUUUCCAGCUGAGCAGCUUUCUGUUUGCCACAAAAAACUGCUCCGCAAAAAAACAGGAGGAGCACUCUUGUUUACAACACGAUGCAACAUGACGCUGAAUUUGUGUCUCAUUGAGGAUGUGCACUGGACCAGUGUUUAGAUGAAGACAGUACAUUCUACCAUUGUGUUAGACCUCUCCAAAUGUUUUUUCCCCUCCUCAUGCUUUUGUAAAAACAGCUACUUUGCAAUCCAAUAAACUUCUCAUCUGAA